CUAGCACAGAGAAAAACGGACACCCAACGUGACGACCGACUGCUGCGUUGUCUUUGGUGCAAUCCGAAACAAUAGCCCACAGGUUCCAUCGGUAGCCUCGGCUUCUCUUCGUGGAAAAUAUUUGCUCACGCACGCAUCUGCCUACCAGUGUUCCCGUGUUAUCGGAAGCUACAUCGGGCUUUCUGCUGCUUUGAAAGAAUCCUUCAAGCGUCUCUGGAAAGGCUAAAACAAGGCGAGCACCAUGGCGACGUAUCAGAUAGCAAAUUUGCUUGAAAAGAUGACGUCCAAUGAUAAGGACUUUCGCUUUAUGGCCACCAACGAUCUGAUGACGGAGCUACAGAAGGACAGCAUCAAGCUAGACGAUGAGUCGGAGAAAAAGGUGGUGCGCAUGGUGCUCCGCCUGCUCGAGGACAAGAACGGCGAGGUGCAGAAUCUGGCCGUCAAGUGUCUUGGGCCGUUGGUGAACAAAGUGAAGGAAAAUCAGGUGGAAACGAUCGUCGAUUUGCUGUGCGCCAAUAUGGUGUCGAACAAUGAGCAGCUGCGCGAUAUUUCUAGUAUCGGACUGAAGACGGUCAUUUCCGAGCUGCCACAAUCGUCCAACUCGCUCGUACCGAACGUAUGCCAACGAAUCACGGGCAAAUUGAGUGCCGCCAUCGAAAAAGAGGAUGUUUCGGUGCAGCUCGAAGCGCUGGACAUUCUGUCUGAUCUGCUGUCCCGCUUCGGUGAUCUGCUCGUGCCGUUUCACGAGCUCAUCUUAAAGGCGCUAGUGCCUCAGCUGGGAUCGGCCCGGCAAGCCGUCCGUAAGCGGACGAUUGUUGCCCUUUCGCACCUUCUGACGACCUGCAACAACAACGCGUACAACAAGGUGAUCGAACACCUGCUGGACGGAUUGGAAAAUUCACAAAAUCCGGGCACGAUCCGGACGUACAUUCAGUGUUUGGCAGCAAUCUGUCGCCAAGCUGGUCACCGGUUGUGCAGCCACAUCGAGCGUGUUAUGUUUCUGCUAGACCUGUACAGCCAGCGGGAUGACGACGAGCUACGGGAGUUUUGUCUGCAAGCAUGCGAAGCGUUCGUGCAGCGCUGCCCGGAAGCAAUCAUGCCACAUAUUCCGACGAUCGUCAAUCUUUGCUUAAAAUACAUUACGUACGAUCCGAACUACAACUACGAGGCGGACGACGGUGAUGGUGGCAUCUCGAUGGACAUGGAAGAGGACGAGGAGAUCGAUAGCGAAGAGUAUAGCGACGACGACGACAUGAGCUGGAAGGUUCGCCGAUCGGCGGCCAAAUGCCUAGAGUCCGUUAUUUCGACGCGCCAUGAGCUACUGGAAGAGUUCUACAAAACUCUUUCCCCGGCACUGAUCGCGCGUUUCAAAGAACGCGAAGAGAAUGUCAAAUCGGACAUCUUCCACGCGUAUUUGGCGCUGCUGAAAUCGACACGUCCCAUGGGUGACGAUAUCGGGCACGAUCCGGACUCAAUGGAACAGAUUCCUGGCCCGAUCAGCAUGCUCCAAGAUCAAGUGCCGGCGAUCGUGCGGGCAGUUCAACCACUGAUGCGUGAGAAGUCCGUCAAAACCCGUCAGGAUUGUUUUCUGCUGUUACGUGAACUGUUGAAUGCGCUGCCCGGCGCCUUAGCGAACCAUAUCGAUCAGUUGAUGGGUGGAAUUCAUUAUUCGUUGAAUGACAAAAACUCCACGUCCAACAUGAAGAUCGAUGCGCUCGGUUUCGUGUACUGUAUGCUGGUUGGCCACAACCCACAGGUGUUCCAUCCGCACAUCCAGCUGCUGGUACCGCUUAUCGUGAACGCCGUGUUCGAUCCGUUCUACAAGAUCGCAACCGAGGCGUUGCUAGUGCUGCAACAGCUGGUGAAAGUGAUCCGACCCCUCGAUGUGCAGACGGCGUUCGAUUUCACGCCCUACGUGAAUCAGCUGUACACCAGCACGCUGCAGAAGCUACGAUCGCCCGAAGUCGAUCAGGAAGUUAAGGAACGCGCGAUCGCCUGCAUGGGUCAGAUAAUCGCCAACAUGGGCGACGUUCUACAGACCGAACUCGUCACUUGUCUGCCACUCUUCAUGGAACGGUUGCGCAACGAGGUGACUCGGCUCAGUUCGGUCAAGGCUCUAACGAUGAUUGCCGGUUCGCCACUGCGCGUUAACCUGAGCCCUAUCAUAGCGGAGGUGAUCCCGGUGCUCGGUUCUUUCUUGCGCAAAAACCAGCGUGCCCUGAAGCUUAACUCGCUAACGUUGCUCGAUACACUUGUGACGCAUUACAGCCAGUUCCUUGACCCUAUGCUGCUGCGCAGUGCCGUUGCCGAAGUUCCCCCGUUACUGAGCGAAUCUGAUCUCCAUGUGGCACAGCUUUCGCUCGUGCUUCUCACGUCCGUAGCACGGCAACAACCGCAGGCACUGGUCGGAGUGCACGAGCAAAUAAUGCAGGAAGUGAUGACGUUAGUGCGAUCACCGUUGCUGCAAGGAACCGCCCUUAACUGCACGUUGAAGCUGUUCCAGGCUCUGGUACAGACCCAGCUACCAGGGCUUGGCUAUAGACACCUGCUUAAGAUGCUCAUGACCCCGUUAUACACCCAGCACCAGCAAGCAAGUCCGUUACAUAAGCAAGCGUAUCAUUCGUUGGCCAAAUGUAUCGCCGCCCUUACGAUGCAAGUGCCGAAUGAUGCGCUCACCGUAGCGAACGAAUUUUUGCAGGAAAUUCACAACCGACGCAACGAUACGCCGUUGGUUUUUUAUCUGCUGACGAUCGGCGAAAUUGGUCGUCAUUUCAAUCUGCAAACCAUCGACACGCUCGCCCAAACGAUCCUCAACUGCUUUUCAGCAUCCUCCGAAGACGUGAAAGGGGCAGCCAGCCAUGCGCUUGGUGCUAUCGCUGUCGGCAAUCUCAACCACUAUCUACCCUUCAUCCUUAAUGAGAUAGAAGCGCAGCCGAAACGCCAGUAUCUGCUGUUGCACUCCCUGAAGGAACUCAUUUCCUCGCUCUCGACCAGCAAGGCCGGUCUCGAACAGCUCCUACCGUCGGUUCCGUCGAUCUGGACGCAACUCUUCAAGCACUGUGAGUGCUCGGAGGAAGGGUCACGCAACGUCGUUGCCGAAUGUCUCGGUAAACUCGUGCUGGUUAAUCCGGAAGAGCUCUUACCCCGACUGCAGGUGGCUCUGCGCAGUGAAAGCGCUCUUAUGCGAACGGCCGUUGUGUCGGCGAUCAAGUUCACGAUCUCCGAUCAGCCACAGCCCAUCGAUCCGUUGCUACGCCAGUGCAUUGGUCAGUUUUUGUUUGCACUGCAGGAUCCAGAACCAUCGGUGCGGCGAGUGGCUCUUGUCGCGUUCAACUCUGCGGUCCACAAUAAGCCUAGUUUGGUGCGAGAUCUUCUGCCCGAAUUGCUACCACAAUUGUACUCCGAGACGAAGGUGAAGAAGGAGCUGAUCCGCGAAGUGGAAAUGGGCCCGUUCAAGCACACGGUCGACGACGGGUUAGACAUUCGAAAAGCGGCCUUCGAGUGUAUGUACACACUGCUCGAGCAGGGACUCGACCGUGUCGAUAUAAUGCAGUUUCUGGAGCACGUUCAAGCAGGACUUCGUGAUCAUUACGACAUCAAGAUGCUCACCUAUCUGAUGACGGCUCGGCUUGCCGCGCUCUGCCCGUCGGCCGUUUUACAAAAACUCGAUCAAUUUGUCGAUCCUCUGCGGGCCACCUGCACGUUGAAGGUAAAGGCCAACUCAGUGAAGCAAGAGUACGAAAAGCAGGACGAGCUGAAGCGAUCAGCGUUGCGGGCUGUGGCCGCACUACUGCAAAUCCAAAAGGCUGACAAAAAUCAACAUUUGGCCGAAUUUCUGGCACUGAUUCGCAGCUCGUCCGAAUUGCAACCUCUUCUCGAGUCGGUCCAGAAGGACUCGUCCGUACUGACGAACAACAAUACCGACGGGCGUGACCUGUCGAUGGACCAGAGCUAGGUGAAAGUGAUUAAAAAAGCACGCGUCACUUGAAUGGGUUUUCGAAAGGCCACUUUGCGUGCGUAAUCGAUGAGCUAAUGAUGGUGCUGCAGAGUGGUGGCAAAGUGAAAGGCAACCGAAAGAUGUACACAAGUAUCGUCUGUCUUUGUAGCUGAUGCUGCUUUUUAUUUCUAAUUGCCUGUUAAAUACACGGACCCAGAGAGGAACAUGUGGAAACAAGAAGACAUGAAUUAAAGUUAUUGGAGGUGUACACAGGCUCUGUCACUCAAGCGAUGCUGUGUGCAUAACCGAAAAAAGGAUUAAUCUAACUGUAUAAAAUUACAAUACAACCCUGCCCAUUGGCGCCUUACACGCUCAAACGAAAUAUCACAAUAGUGCAACGGAAAUCGACAAAAUCUACGUGAAAUAAAAUCAAAACUUGCGACAUCUGUGUACGCCGCUCUCCACCGUAUCUUUUUAUUUUCCUUUUAAUUUUUCCUCCAAUGAGCGAAGUGUGGAAAACCAUGCACCAUGGCGCUUCUACUAAAUUUUGGGUUUGUUGCGCUGCUCUCACCGCAGACCUUCGGCACCAUUCGAGA